AUGGACAUCGAAGUACGGCCGGAUCUGAUCCAGCAAGUCCAGUUCCGGCUCCGAAACGACGCCGGACUCUCCUCCUACAACCCGGACGAUCCGACUCUCCCGCACCUUCCUUCGCUCCGCGAAUCGGACAUUGUAGGACCUUCCAUUGAAGAAAAUGAACUAAACAGGGGGCAGCAUACAUCAAAAGAUGAAAUUUCAUUAUCUAAUCUCUUAAAUCUAGAAAUAAAAUGGCCAACUGAGACAGAAGAAUCAGAGCAUAGUCUUGGAAGCAAUUUAUCCACACACAGCAAAAGUUCUUUGAACUUGGCUGGAACUGAUUUGGACAACUUUUUUCCCAGUUUAAAGAGGGACAUGGUUUCUAAUUCAUCGGAAGGACAACAUGCAAUUGACAGGCUGAGUAAUAAUGUGGAAAUAAAAGCAUUUCCCAGGCAGGAAAAUCUUAGCUCAUUUCAGAACGUUCAGCAUUCUGUAACAGCGUCCAGCUCUUCUGAAGUAAAAGACAAUGAUGGUUUUUCUGGUUGGAAGGCAGAUUUUCAGUAUACUGAUUCUGGAAAUCAGCAUGAAGCUUCAGGAUCAUUUGAUGCUUUUUUAGGUUCUACGGUUGACCUGUAUGCACACAUGGAUUCAGUUUUUGGACCUGGAAAAAACUUGGAAGAUGAAAGACUGAAGGAUGCUUCAACACUUUUGGCUUCAACUACUAAUGACUGGAGUGAAGAUGACCUUUGGAAUAACUCAAACUUCUCGGCAUCUAACCUGACUGGACAUGUUGAGGCAACCAUCAAGAGUAAGGAUGGGAUAGCAGCAGAUAAAUUAGACACUCCUUCAAGUGUUGAUUGGUUUCCGGAUGAUCAAUGGCAAACCAACAGCAUGACUCCUCUUGACAACAAGACAAGCAAAGAAGAUGAUUCGUUUGAUGUGUAG